AUGGAGUUUUCAAAUACCAUAACCUGUAGUCACUACAAUAAUAAACAGAAAAUACUUCUGGUUGGAGAAGGAGACUUCUCCUUUUCUUUAUGUCUAGCCAAAACUUUUGGUUCGGCUACUAACAUCACUGCAACUUCUCUUGAUACUCGAGAGGAGUUAGAGCAAAAGUACAAGAAUGCCAAGAAUAACGUUGAAGAGUUGGAGCGACGUGGGUGCACGGUGAUUCACAGUGUUAAUGUUCAUUCCAUGGAUAAUAAUCAUCGCGUCCGGUCGACUCUAUAUGAUAUAAUCAUAUUCAAUUUCCCUCAUGCAGGGUUUCAUUUUGGUCGCGAGUUUGAUAGCUACACCAUCUUGCAACACCAAAAAGUGGUGCAAGGCUUUUUCCAAAGUGCAAGAGUGUUGGUUGAUGCCAGUGGAGAGAUUCAUGUGACUCAUAAGAUAGCACAUCCAUUUACCAAUUGGAAUAUCAAGACUCUUGGUGAAGAAAAGGGUUUGUAUUGUGUGAGAGAAAUGAAUUUUGACGCAUUCCAGCAUCCAGGUUACUCCAACAAGAGAGGAAGUGGAAGUGACUGUGACUCUAGCUUCCCUGUUGGAUUAUCUUCUACUUUCAUGUUUAAGAAGCACUGGUUCCUUUUUUGA